AUAUUGCAGUAUUUAGGUUAGUGAGGGACCAAAGAAACAAAUAGGUUCAGAUAUGUUCAGAUAUACUGUAUGACUAGUUAAAUGGACUCACAACAUCAGAGGAAUUAAUUAUUUUAUUAUUAUUAUUUCUUUACAACUCUUUUGCUUGAAUAAAUACCUUUCAAAAUCCAUGACGUUUGUCAGUGAAACUUAAAAUUAGCAAUUUUUAGCAUAAUGUCUGUUCUUUUCAAUACUAUUAUGUGAAUGGUGACCACAGUUGUGAAGUAAGAUUUUUACUGAAUAAUAAUUUUAAUGUCUCUGUUCAUUUCUCACACAACAUAACAAGAGGCACUGAUGAUAUUUUGGAUUGGAUCUCAGGUGUAAAACAUUUACAAAGAAAUUAUACCUUGACUAUAUUGUGUCAAAAAUUACAUUUUCUUUAAAGCUUUGGAGAAUGUUUUACAUCUGAGGAAAUAAUCUUAAGAAACUUUAGAGACGUUUCAUUAUUUCUUGCCCUUUUUGGUUCUCAUGUGGGACCAUCAGUGCUAAUGGUAUUAGGAAGGAAAUCGAAAUCAUCAUCCGUCAUGGCAACUUCUUCUUUUCUUCAUUUUCUCUUGCAUGUUGUCUGACACUCUGCACAAAACAUCUUCUGUGAGCUAAAUAACCGAAACAGUGAAUUACAAUGCUGCAAAUAUUUCUGCUUCUUCUGCCUGGUGUUCUCAGUAAUCAGUGGAGAGUGAGUUAUGUUUCUCUGAGUCCGGUCUGUGCUGCGAGGGGAUCCAAUGUUUCUAUUAACUGUAGAUAUAAAUAUCCACAUGGUCAACAAGUACAGCGAGUGAUGUGGUGUUCAAUGAGAUCAAACCAUGACAACUGUGUGAAUGAGCCGUAUGUUUAUGAUAGUAAAUCCAACAAUAAUCAAAAAAACUUAUACAUUGUAGACAAAACCUCAAAUUGUUCUCUUUUGAUCAGUAAUAUUGAUCAAACACAUUCUGGAGAGUAUAAAUUCAGAUUUAUAACCAAUGACGACAAAUAUACAGGUGAUCCUGGAGUGAACAUUUUAGUAGAUGAUUUAAAAGUGUCCAUGAGCAGAUCAAGAGGAAAUGGAAGCACAAUAGUUGGAGACUCUCUGAAUUUGACGUGCACACUCAGCUGUUCUGGUAAUUUAGCUGAUGUUCAGUGGUUUAAGAAUCGUGAUCUGAUUCGACACUCAGAGCCCGUCCUCACCUUCAGCAGAAUAACAGCUGAAGACUCGGGGAAUUACUCUUGUUCUUUGAGAAACUUUAAAACAACUGUAUCUGAAGAAAUUACCAUUUACAUUGAAGAUGUCACAGAGUUUCCAACCAUUCUGAUUAUUGUGGUGUUUUUAGUCUCACUUGUUUUCAUCACUGCAGCUGUGAUUCUUAUAAGAAGAAGGAAAGCAAUAAUGAAAGAAAAACAAGCGGAAGAAAGAGAAGUCAAGGAUUCCCUUUACAGCACGAUUCAACCUCAAACAAACCUUCAUCAGAAAAACCACACUGGGUAUGCUGAGGAUAACAAAAACCUACCAGGAGCUGAGGAUGUACAGCAGGAAGAUGAAGUGCAAUAUUCAUCUGUCACCAUUAAACCCAAAGAACUGCUUCAAGUGUCUUCAAACACAGAGCAGGAGGAUGAUUCAACCAUCUACAGUGCUGUGAUGAACGGUUAAUCAUACUUUCAGAAGUUAAGAUAGGCCUACAGCUUUGUAUCGUAACAUAAAAGCAAACGUGCCUUUGUGUGUGUGUGUGUGUGUGUGUGUGCGUGCGUGUUUUAGCUCUAAAAAUCAACAAAUAUAAAUGUGCUUCAUUUGAACUAGAUUUAUAAAAGCAUUUUUUGGCAUCUGUGUUGGCAUUUGACAUUGUAAUCAUUGCAAGAACAGUAAAAAAAGAUACAUAAGAAUGGCAGUUAGAACUCAUAUGUUAAUAAAUGCAUUAAAUUAUAAGAAACAUUCUGGGGGAAAUGUAAAUAGGCUAUAACAAAUUUUGUUAAAUUUGACACUUAAAGCUGCGGUAGGUAACUUUUGACGCUCUAGCGGUUAAAGGGGGGGUGAAAUGCUAUUUCAUGCAUACUGAGUUUUUUACACUGUUAAAGAGUUGGAUUCCCAUGCUAAACAUGGACAAAGUUUCAAAAAUUAAUUUGUACGUUUGAAGGAGUAUUUCUGUUCCAAAAAUAGUUUUUUCGAGUAUGGCUCUGUGUGAUGUUAGAUGGAGCGGAAUUUCCUUAUAUGGGUCCUAGGGCACGUCUGCCGGAAGAGCGCGCGCUCCCGUAUAGCAGAGCAAUGAGAGCACGACAGACUUCACUGAUCAGAGCGAGAGCGUCGUGAAAAGUCACAAAAGAAGUGUGUUUUUGGUUGCCAGGGCAAGACAACCCUGCACAGAUUACCAAAAAAAAAAAAAACAGCAUUAAGGGACCAGUGGAUGGAGUUUAUUUUUACAGAGCAUCAACGGAGUUGUGCAAGUGUUUUUGUUUGUUCCCUGCAUUUCGAAGAUGCUUGUUUUACAAACAAGGCCCAGUUUGAUGCCAGAUUUGCACAUUGUUUAUUUCUUAAGGAUAAUGCAGUUCCAACGAAAAAGGGUCACGAUUGUGUGUUUUGUUAACUUAGCUAUCAGUGCGUAAGCACAUCAAGUAAACAACAUGCGAUGUUGUCAUCAAACUGCACUUUCCACAUGUACAGCUUUAAAAAAAAAAAAAAAAAAAAAAAAAAAUGACAUAAAGUGGAACUUAGUCAUUUUCCAAAACCGCUAAGCAAAUAUAUACAGUUUCAGUACAUACCACAUAGAGACGUCGUUGCUGAUGCUGCUCUUGUUAAAUUUCAGCCUCUGGAUCUGAUUCUGGAUCAUAAAUAAACGGCUGAAUCUGACUGUUAGCCACGGUUUGUUUUGGAUGUUUUUUUCCUCAAGGUAAUGCAACAACUUCCAAACGCUCUCAACGCAAAAGCCUACUCGCGCUUGUGAUUCUUUAGCUCCGCCCACAUGUCAUGCCUCCAGCCGGUCGUGUUUUUCCGGGAAAAAUCGGUACAGACUAUCUUUCUCUUAUAAAUAUAAUAAAACUAAAGACUUUUUGGAGUUAUGAAGGAUGCAGUACUACUCUAUAGGUACUCAAGAUUAACAGGAUAUUGAGUGAAAACGAGCAUUUCACCCCCCCUUUAAUAAACAGAACUGCUUGCAUCUUGCGGAAGAACAUCGUAGCCGGAACUACUUCUCUCUGUUUAUGUCUAUGAAGAAUCACAAAGGUACUGGGUUACUCCGCCACGGUACCCCUAAUCUAAAAACACCCUAGUGAUUCAGGACAAGCUAAAAACACGGUUUAGAAAAUGAAUUAAUGGUGUACUCGCUUAUGAUUAACAUUUUUCUACAUUUUGAACACAAACAAAGUUACGGACCGCAGCUCUGAUUGGUUGUUUCUUACAGGGAGCGGUCUGUAACUGCAAAUGGCAAUAGGACCACUGGGAGGAGCCAGAGGAGCUUGAUUUUUUCACAGAUUAUCUGUCUAAUAUUCUACUGCCAGGACAUAAUGACAGGUUUAACAAAUAUGUAAAAAAUAUUUUUACAAAAGUUACCUACUGCAGCUUUAAGGACAUGCAGUUUUGUGUUGUUUUGCUUUUAAAUACAUUUUUAGUUGCAGGGAAUGUAAUGAAUUUGCAACUAUUGUUAUAGAACAAAUAAGCAUACUAAAGUUUUUGUGACUUUAUAUUUUAUAUUUUUUGUUAUUAUAUAUAUAUAUUUUCUUUUAAGCAUUGCUUGAUACAAAAAGGAAAAAAAACGGCACUUAGAAAAAAAAAAAAACUUUAAAACUAUAGUUGUGUUAAUAAAUUAAUUGAAUUAUAAGAAACAUUCUGGGGGAAUGUAAAUGGGUUUUAACAAAUGGAAAUUUGACACUUAAGGACAUGCAGUUUUGUGUUGUUUUGCUUCUAAAUACAUUUUAAUUGUAAGGAAUGUAAUGAAUGUGCAAGUAUUGUUAUAGAACAAAUAAGCAUAAUAAAGAUUUUGAGAUUUUUUUAAAUUAUUAUUAUUUUCUGUCUAAGCCUACGUGAUCCCAUUAUUUUAUUUUAUAACUGAUCAAGAUUAAUAUCCAUAAAGGUAAAACUGUACUUGAUUGACAGUCUACGCUGCACAUUAGCGCCAUCUAAAGGAGAAACAUUCCACUGCACAGUUCCCAUGACAACCAAUUAACACAAGGAAGUUGAGCGCUUGUGUUCGAACCAACUUCCGACGCACAGUCGGCUGCUCUGGUUCCUGACUGAAAGAUGUCCAGGUUUCGUGAGCGUCCAGGACAAGCACAAUGCCAUCCUGAGCAGAGCAGUCUGAUAGCUAACAGAUACAUCAUCCAGCAGAGACUCGGGAAGGGCAGCUUCGCCACUGUUUACCUCGUUCAAGACUCAAAGACAGUAACAGCUGAGAAACUGAUUUAUUGAGUUGUAAUGAUGAUUUCAGACGCAUCUUCUGCAGCCACUUGGGAGCAGCAUUGGUCUUUGUAACUAGUAACCAGUCUUUAUUAUUUUCUGUAUUAUUAGUUGAGGAACCCUGCAUGUUACUAUCAAACUAUCUGUUAUUCCUUAUGAUCACAAACGGUGUAAGAUCAAACUCUUUAUUAUGCUUUCAGAGCAAUAUUUACGGUUCACGUCAACAUUCAACAUUUAUUUUUAUUUUUUUUGAAAGCUGCGUUUUAUGUGUGGUUAUAUUUAUUUGACCAAAAACACAGUAAAAGCAGUAAUAUUGUGAAAUAUUCCAGUUCAUUUAUUUGUAUUUUUAUUUUAAUAACCCUUUAUUCCUGUGAUGGCAAAGCUGAAUUUUCUGCAGCAUUUACUGCAGUCUUCAGUGUCACAUGGUCCUUAAAAAAAUAAUUCAAUGCUGAAAACAGUUAAUAUAUUUGUAGAAGCUGUGACACAUUUCCAGGAUUCUUUGAUGAAUAUACAGCUAAAAACAACCGCAUUUAUUUGAAAUAGAAAACCUUUGUAACACAGAUUUUGUAAAUGUCUUUUCUGUCACUUUUGCUCAAUUUAAUACAUAAAAAUAAAAACUAUGAAAUUUAUGAAUUUAUUAUUUUUUCAAUAGUUUUGUGAAAUGAACCAUGAUAUUUUUUUUUUUAAGUAAAAGUCCAGUGAAAAAAAAUGAAACUAACCAUAAUUAUUUACUCAUCCUCAUAUCGUUCCUUACCAAUAAUAUUUUGUUCUUUCAGUAGAGCUCAAAAGGCAAAGUAGCCACUCUUGUCCAUGCAAUUCAAAUGAACAGGAAUGCAAAGCACUAUAAAAAUGUCAUAACAGAUGACAAUUCUGUAUUUUAAGUCUUCAGAAGUCGUAGUUUUGUGCAAGUAAUAGACUAAAAUUCAGUUUGGUGGGCCAUUUUAGCAACUACCAUUUAAGAAGAAUGGGAUUUCUUAUGGAUAGUUUUAUAUAUGUAUUAUAGAUCUUAAACAGUAGAGCUCUGUCUUGAUCGGGUGUAUUUUUCUGCAAUCUUAUUGUCUUCACAUAUUGAUUUCUAUGAUUUUUGGUCUGUGGGUUUAUAAUUGGGUUCAAAUACACAAGCAAACUGCCUGGAGAAGAGCCAGUUACAAUGUUGUUAUUUGUCAACACACUGUGAAACUCAUAUCAGACGAGCUGGAACUGAAAGCUGGAGAGAUGCUGGUGGAAAUGAAGACGAAUUAGGAAGAGGUCCACACUUUAGCUGCCCACAGGCGAGUGAUGUCACGCUACGGGUUACUGUUCCUUUAGUCCUGAGCUUUCUGCUUGUUAGCCCAUCUCAGCUGUUUCCAGACUCUGACCUGUCACAUGCAGAGUGCUGGCACCAAACCUGAAUGCCCACCUUCAGGAUACCACCGCACUUCCUGUUCCUUUCUCUCCACAGCACACUUAUACACCAGUUCUUCUUCCUUAGUCUUCUCUCAGCCUUAAAAUCCUGCUGGGUGUGUGUUUUGUGCUACUGCUUCAGUGGCUUUUAUAGUGCUAUGAACUCCUUUGUUUCUUUGUGAGAGCCAAAUGUCAGUGCUGGUGUUGAUGUUGAUGUAAAGCUGUAGAGAUUGUGUGUUUUUAGAGCUGUGCUUAUUGCUUCAUUCCAGUCCAGUCUUUCUGUAUCUUUCCUAACAUUGAAGCAGUUUCUGAGUUCUCCAGAGCUCUGCAUGCCUCUUUGUAAUAGUCCACCACCUGAAGACAAAAUAUUUCCUAAUCAAGCCCUAAUCUACAGCAUAGCAUAAAGAUGAAAAUGCACACCCUUAUGAUAGCAGGUGAGUGAAACUA